GGAAGAAAUGCAUCCUUCGUCUUUUGAACAAAACCGAAGACCAGCGAAGCUAUGGUUGACUCUAACAAUGCGCCCGCUGGCGCACCAGCUACUGCGACGCCUCCGGAACCGGCGACGGAACCGCAGCCGGCGCCGGAACCUGUGACCGACCAACAAUCACCUCCGAAUCCCGCAAGGGAGCCAGAGACACCUACGGAACUUGCGACCGAAACACAGUCGCCCCCGAGGCCCGCGAAUGAACCACAGAGCGAAAUCCUCCCGGCAUCCCACUGGGCUCAAGUCCCUUUACCUGAAGAGCCGCAAGACGACGGCGACGACGACUCUGCCUAUGGAGAGGCCGCUAGCAGUACAGCAUCUCUUUCUGCGAGCGUGCUGGAGUAUCGCACUCUUCACGGACGCACAUUCCAUAGCGACAUGGGGAAAGCCGAGUCUUGGAUCCCCAACGACGAACAACAGCAGGAUUCCAUGGAUAUCCAUCAUCACAUGUGCACCCUGGCCUUGGAGGAUAAGCUGUUCCUCGCGCCUCUUCAACCCGAGAAAAUUCAGAAAGUGGUCGACAUAGGCACUGGUACAGGGAUAUGGGCUAUUGACUUUGCCGACAAGUUCCCCAACGCCGAAGUAAUUGGCACCGACGUCUCGCCCAUCCAACCCCCCUGGGUCCCGCCGGGCGUGAAAUUCGAGCUAGACGACGCAAACCUACCAUGGACAUGGGCCGACAACACCUUCGACUACGUCCACGUGCGCUGCCUCUUUGGCUCCAUCGUGGACUGGUCCGCCCUGUACAGGGAGGCGUUCCGCUGCUGCAAGCCGGGGGGCUGGUUCGAGGACUUUGAGAAUUCCAUCAACAUGCUGUCCGACGACGGGUCUGUCGCGCCCGGCAGCCCGAUGGAUCAGUGGGGCCAGGUGUUUUGGGCCGGGGGUGAGAAGUUUGGGCGGACGUUUAGGGUUGUGGAGGACGAGAUCCAGAGGAAGUGCAUGGAGGAGGCCGGGUUUGUGGAUAUCACGGUCUGGGAACACAGGUGUCCAAUCGGUACCUGGCCCAGCGAUCCCAGGUUGAAGACAUUGGGACAGUUCUCCAAAAUGGUGCUGGAGUCAGAUGCCGAAGGCUACGUCCUCUAUAUGUGGAACGCUGUGAUGGGGUGGUCUCCGGAGGAAAUUCAAGUCUAUCUUGCCCAUCUGCGCCGGCAGCUGCGCGACAAGAACACCCACGCUUCGUACCGACAGACGGUCGUCUACGGUCGCAAGCCAGAGCCUGACGAGGUGCGUGCAUAGAGAUGGGGCAAGCCGAGAGUGUCCUAGUUGUAUAUUCGAUUAUCUGUUCGCGUGUGUCUGGG